AUGACGCCACCCAUCGAGGCUUUCGCGGUAUCAGAGCUUGAGGACCGGAUCAAUGUUCAAUCGAACAAUCGGCGGAAGAAAGGAGGAGACAUUGACCUUCGCAAAUGCGAAUUGCUGGAGUUGAUUCAGUAUGAGUGCCGUCUCCAAGGAAGCAAGGAGGACCGACGAUCGAUCAUCCAAUGUGCACCACUGGUCAAGCUGUUUCGAAGGUGCGCCGGCGGUCUUAUGGUAGAGACUACGGCUUGGGAUGGCGAGAAUCUGAAUUGA